AUGUUCUGCAUUGAGCGCAUAAAGCACAUUCGCAGUGCUGAUGCCUCAUCUCCUUUUCGGGCCGGCUCAUUGCUGGAGCGCCAUAUCGAUCGUGCACGUCGCAUUUGUCGAAGUGUAGCAGGCCGUUGUCCACUAUUGAGUGUUCUAGGCUGGUUUGCCUUUAUGGACCCUUCGUGCGUACCGGAAUGGCUGCAUCAUUCGUCAGCAGCUAUUUUUACCGCACCGCAAUCAGAAGCGCUGCCUUAUUUCUGCUCUACGCUGCAUCCGCUAGCAUUCUCUAUUGACUUCGACAGCCUCAAUCGACACGCGAUCAAUGUUCGUGUCCGCUUUUGUAUAGUCGCGCAUUCCUCACGCUCUCCUGUUUCUCACUGCGCUCGCGCUGCUCUCCACGUGGCGCCUCGUUUGCGACGAGGAGAAUUCGAUGCUGUUGUUGCGUCGGAGAUCGUCGAACACGUAGCAGAUCUUGAUGCUUUUGUUGGAGGAUGCGCUCGUCUGGCGAAAUCCGGUGCUCCGCUAUUUUUCACGACAAUUAAUAGAACACUCGCCAGUAGGGUUCUCGCAAUUUGGGUAGCUGAGGUGAAUUAUACAUACUGCUUCAUUAUUUUCCUUGUUUUAUAUUUAAUCUACAGAGUUUUUAUAACAAUUCCUAGAUUUCAUUGGCAAACGUCAAAAAUUUUUCUUCUCACAAUAGAUAACUUUAUUGCUUUUUUUAAAGCAUAUUCUCAAGCAGUUGCUGCGAAUUCUACUUUCUAUAAAAAUGCCAGAUCAAUAGGUAAUACCUGGUAUAUGAUCUACAUCAGAAUCUAAAA